AGGAAAGAGGAAAGAGUCUCUUCUGCACUAAAAAAAAAAAAGGUUUGCUUGGAGGGGAAGGAGAGCAUCAUUUGAGGAGAGGAGGAGAGAGAGAGAGAGAGAGAGAGUGAAGAUGUCGGUAUCGACGAGGCAGAGGCGGGCAGUAGCAGCGUCAGAUCCUGCAACAUCGGAAUCAGGGGGAGGAGGAGGAGGAGGAGAGUGGUACACGAAGCACGACAAGCCUUCUUCUAGUGGUGGUAAUACGCGAGGAGAAGAGGGAUUGAGGUGGUUGUUGCCUUUGUUUGUUCUAGGAACGCUACGCUACAUGAGCGCCACAUCUAACAUCAUUCACGACUGCGACGAGGUCUUCAAUUACUGGGAGCCUCUCCAUUUUCUUCUCUACAAAUCUGGCUUCCAAACCUGGGAGUACAGUUCCCAGUUUGCACUGCGAUCAUACUUAUAUAUUCUAUUCCAUGAAUUAGUUGGCCGACCAGCUUCCUGGUUGUUUGGCGAUGAAAAAGUGAGAGUAUUCUAUGCUGUAAGACUCUUUCUAGGUCUCCUCUCUGUUAUCACAGAAACUGUUCUGGUAGUAGCCCUUUCCAGGAAGUAUGGAAAACGUCUUGCUUGUUACACACUUGCAAUGUUAUGCUUAACCAGUGGCUGCUUUUUCGCUAGCACAAGUUUCUUGCCAAGUUCAUUCUCUAUGUAUGCCAUCUCUCUUUCAUCGGGGUUAUUUCUUCUAGAGAAACCUGCAAUGGCAGUUGCAGUUGCAGCUAUUGGUGUAAUCCUUGGCUGGCCAUUCUCAAUCCUGGCUUUCCUGCCAGUCACAUUCUACUCUUUGGCUAGAAGGUUUAAACAAGCAUUUGUUGCUGGGGCUGUCACCUCCCUUUCUCUUCUUGCAGUCUCUUUACUGGUUGACUACUACUACUACGGACGAUGGACAUCAUCUUUGUUGAAUCUGUUGCUAUAUAAUGUCGCAGGAGGUGGUGAAAGUCAUUUGUAUGGGACUGAAGGGGCAUUAUAUUAUCUGAGGAAUGGAUUUAAUAAUUUUAACUUCUGUUUCAUUCUCGCUUUGCUGUUCUUGGGAAUUUUGCCAAUUGCAAGGAAAAAGUAUGUCCCUGACCUGCUGAUUGUGGUCUCACCAGUGUAUAUUUGGCUGGGAUUUAUGUCUUUGCAGCCACACAAAGAAGAAAGGUUCCUUUAUCCAGUAUACCCACUUAUUUGUGUUGCUGCUUCAGCUGUCAUCGACAGCUUUCCUGAUCUUUUCCGAGAUAAAUAUAAUCCCACUGAUAAUUCCCUGAUUGUUACGAUGGCCAAAUUACUUCGACCUGUGGUUCUUAGCCUCAUAUUGUGUACCUCCCAUUCUCGUACUUUUUCGUUGAUUAAUGGUUACUCUGCUCCUCUGGAGGUUUACAAGCUUUUAGAGCAUCAUUACGAUGCCGGAACGGGUUCUGUACUAUGCGUCGGAAGUGAAUGGCACCGUUUUCCAUCAUCAUUUUUUGUUCCUGAUUAUGUGGGAGAAGUCCGAUGGAUUGAUGAUGGGUUCCAAGGUCUUCUGCCAUUCCCAUUCAAUUCUACCCUGGGAGGGACUGCAGCAGCACCACCAUAUUUUAAUAAUAAGAACAAGGCAUCAGAUGAGCAAUAUCUCCAGGAUCUUGAGGCAUGUACUUUUCUGGUUGAGCUGCAGCUUAAUCGACCUUACAAUACUCGUGGAAGUGACUUGUCAACAUGGGAGGCCGUGGCAGCACUGCCUUACCUGGACAGGGAGCUCUCACCUGCCAUGUUUCGGUCAUUUUUUAUCCCAUACUUGUGGCAGGAGAAGAACGUAUUUGGCAUGUAUAAACUGCUUAGAAGAAUACCAAAAUGAUUUGGGCGGUCUUGAAGUGUGGUUGACCAUACCCUUAGCGGUUUGUGGUAACGUUGAUACCUUACCCACUGAGGAAGAAAAUCCGGAAUUACAUUUGACACCCAAUUUUGCUAAUGAGAUUGCUAACUAUUCAUACUUAAAAGGUUUUACCUGAUUCUGCAAUGGAAUUUAGUUGACUGGUCAAUUUAUAUAUUUAUUGUAUGUUCCAGACGUUAUUAUGUGUAUGUAAUCCUUUAUGUUCUAUAGGGUUCUAAAUUCACAAGCUUCUCCCA